AUGAAAAUCUGGACAUCCGAGCACGUCUUUAACCAUCCGUGGGAGACCGUAGCACAGGCCGCCUGGCGCAAAUACCCCAACCCCAUCAACACAGCCGUCAUCGGCACCGAUGUGGUGGAACGAAGGGUCGUCGAAGGUGUCCUGCACACGCACCGAUUGGUCAGCUCCAAAUGGUAUUUCCCACAGUGGGCACAGAAGCUCAUUGGUUCACCGAACGUUUGUUACGCGAGCGAAAAGUCGACCGUUGAUCCGAAGGAACGGUUGAUGACGCUGAAAACGAUCAACCUCACCUUUGGCAGCUUCCUUUCAGUGUACGAAACGCUCAGCUACGUUCCACACCCGACCGAUCCGUCGAAAACGCUGCUAAAACAGGAAGCCACGGUACAGGUCGAGGGCGUCCCAUUGAACCGGUACAUGGAGGAUGUGCUGACGAAAAACAUUAGCACCAAUGCGGGCAAGGGUCGCCAGGGACUGGAAUGGGUGAUAGGAAAGCUGAAUGCUGAGGUAAUGUAUGCGGCAAACAGUACGAACGAAAUUCUAACACAGACCAAAAAAUCGCUGGACGACAUCACGGACCAGGCCCGGAAGAGCAUGGACGAACUGAGUGCCACCGCUCAAAAGAUACACAUAUAGUAACAAACGCUGCAAGGCGGCGGCCGCUGCAACAUCCAUGGCCAGUAGUGGCGA